CUGACUCAUCCAGGCCGUGGAACUCGCGAGCGCCUCGAGGAGAGCAGCGAGCAAGCAGCCCAGCGACUCGAGAAGAUGCGCCAGGCUGUCCGAACCAUGCUCGAAUGCAUAGGCGAAGACCCUGACCGAGAGGGUGUCUUGGACACCCCAUCACGAUACGCCAAGGCCAUGCUCUUCUUUACCAAAGGCUACCAGCAGAACGUCAAGGACAUUGUCAAUGAUGCCAUCUUCCACGAGGGGCACAAUGAAAUGGUCAUCGUCAAGGACAUCGAGAUCUUCAGUCUCUGCGAGCAUCAUCUGGUUCCCUUUACCGGAAAGAUGCACAUUGGCUACAUCCCCAGGGACAAUGUGAUCGGCAUCUCCAAGCUGCCACGCAUCGCCGAACUGUUUGCGCGACGCCUCCAGGUCCAGGAGCGCUUGACAAGGGAAGUCGCAAAUGCGAUCAUGGAGAUCCUGAAGCCACAAGGUGUCGCCGUUGUCAUGGAGUCGAGCCAUCUCUGCAUGGUUAUGAGAGGAGUCGAGAAGACCACAGCGACCACCAUAACAAGCUGCGUGCUGGGCUGUUUCGAGAAGAAGGAGAAGACGAGAAGCGAGUUCUUCAGUCUGAUCGGGCUCAAUCGGAGAGUAUAG